GUAAUCUAGAUGAUGUGUCAGAGGCUGAAACAGCAUCGUCGGACGCCGAUGAAUCUGGGAAGGAAAGUGAUUAAAUCGGUAUUGGCGAGACCAGUAUGGCACCAGAGCACUCACCCGAAGAUACACAAUCUCCGCCGCAUGUAUGACUGCAAUUUAUCUUACUACAGCAUAGGGUAUACACGGCAGCACAGGAAAAAUUUAUGAGGCUGUUAUCAUGUAUUUAACCACAACUUUUUUUUGUUCGCACAUCUUUCAAUACAACAGCAUAGAACAACCUCAGCUGAGUUGGCGAAGAGUGAAGCCAAUGAGCUUGUUGUCACCAUCAAGUACUUGGUUGCGGGUGGAGUUGCGGGGGCGGUGUCACGGACUGUUGUAUCGCCGUUCGAGCGGGCCAAGAUUCUCAUCCAGGUGAGCGCAACGGGUAAUGCGGGGGUGAGCGAUACAAUCAAGCGCAUGUAUCAGACUGAUGGGUUUGCCGGGUUCUUCAAAGGGAAUGGUAUCAACAUACUGCGAAUGAUCCCUUACACCGGUAUACAGAUCUCGGCAUACGAGAGCUACAAAAGGGUUUUCUCCUCCGACGAAGCUGAGCUCUCCUCACCGCUGCGACUGACCAGUGGCGCGCUCGCGGGCAUGACCGCGGCUGUGCUCACUUAUCCUUUAGACAUCAUACGCACACGCAUGACGUUGUACUCCAUUGCGGACACUUCGAGUGUUGUCAGUGGCACGGGGUUGGGUUCUGGCGGCGCUCUGGUGGCUCCUACAAGAUAUAACAGUGUGUACGACUGUGGCCAAAAAAUCAUGUACGAAAGUGGGGACUACGCCGGUCGGAGUGUUACAGAACUGAAAAGAAACGGCCAGAAAGGCAGCCCCGCCAUGCUGUUUCGAGGCCUGACUCCCUCCAUGCUAGGGGUGAUGCCGUAUGUGGCGCUAAAUUUCGCAUUGUACGAGGUGCUGAAAGUGUCCGCUGGAACCCUGAGCGGAGCAGACCCCCAUGCAGAAAUGGGAGUGGGUACGAGGUUGACAUGUGCUGCGUUAGCUGGAGCCCUAUCACAGACAGUAACGUAUCCUUUGGAUGUUAUCAAGAGGCGAAUGCAAGUGAUGGAGAUGAGCAGCAGUAGGUAUCACUAUACAGGAGUACUAGAUGCUUUCAAGACCAUCAAAAGAUCAGAAUCAUGGCGAGGCUUAUAUCGGGGACUACUCGCGAAUUACAUCAAGGUGGUGCCAUCAAUCACAGCCAGCUACUUCACGUACGAAUACUGCAAGAGACUGUUAUUAGUCUAGAAAUCCAUUUUCGGUGCCCAGUUACGGGUGUACGAAUCUCAAAUUAGUAAAAUUGAAUGUCAAGGCUUGACUGAGGAGUCAUCGAA